AUGGCCGCCGCGGCGGAGAAGACGGCCGAGGAGAUCCGCCGCGAGCUCCAAGAGCUGCAGCGCCAGCACCGCGAGAUCAGCGAGCGCCUGCGCGACCCCCGAGGCCUCCGACGCGGCGCCCCCGCCACCGGCCCCGGCCCCGGCCCCGGAGGCCCCCGCCCGCUCCGCGGCUUCGCCAGACCCGCCCCGGAGCCGGUGGACCAGCCCGAGCCCAAGCGCCGGCUUCUUUCUGCCGUGGUUAAAGUGGAUGGCCCUGGAACUAAUGGGGAUGAUGCGGCGGCGGAGGGGCGUGAGGAUGGACCAAAUGCUGCUCAAGGUGGUGAGAGGAGGGGAGCCAGUAAUGGUGGGUUCAGGAGGGAUGGGAGCCAGUGGGUAUCCAGGAGGGAGCUUGAUAAUCAGCUGCCAGAGCCUCUCCCGAGGCCGGCUCCCAAGGAAGAGGAUCAGAGCUUGGUGAGGAGGAACAAGAGAAUGCUGGGGAAGCUUCUUGUUGGCACGCUAGAGAAAUUUCAGCAGGAGAACAAAAAACUUUCCAACUCAGAGGCUUUUAUGCGUAGAUCAGAGGCUCAGCAGAAGGCUGAUCAAAAGGCUCGUGAGGACAGUGAAAGAUUGCGGCAGCAAGAACGGGAGCAAGCAGCUGAGAAGCGUAGGCGUGAUAUGACGCUCCGUGCUCGAGUAGCUGCUAAGGCAGAAGAAAAGAGGUUGGAGCUAUUGUACAUUCAGUGGUCUGAGCAUCACAAAAAGCUGUCCAGUUUCUUAAGGACAAAAGCUGAACCAGCUAUUUAUUACAUGCCGGCUAAACCAAUAGUUGAUGAUCCGGUUAUUGUUGAGCAAAACAAGGAAAAGGUAUUUGAAGAAUGGAAAUCUGUACGCAGAACGGAGCUGACCCAGUUCCAAAAGCAAGUUGAGGAGCAGUAUCUGUCUAAUGUUGAGAGGCAGCUGGAAAGGAUUCAGAAUGCCCGGAAUGCUCGGAGGGGGAACGUGCCUGCUAACAUGCAGGAAAUGGACAAGGAGCUUGACACGCACAGGGCGGAGCAUGGCCCAAAGGCUCGGCGGAUCCCCGACGGUGGCAAUGACGAGGAUGAUGAUGUGGACGUGGACGACAUGGCCGCGGAAGACGACCUGAUGGAUGAAGUGCUCGGCGUCAAUGAGGCGAUCAACGAGGACCCAGGCAAGCCGUCUGAGGAGGCCACUGAUGUUGCGCCUGUACCCGAGCAGGCACAAUAG